AUGUGUGUGUGAUUGAGGGUUAGAUUACUUGACAAAAUAAAACAUAUAAAACCCCUUUCGUGAAAGACUUUCCAGGUUCUUGAAAAAUAAGAAUUGAAAACGACAUCGGCGGAGCCGAAUCCCGUUACAACGUGCUCUUCAGACAAGAAAGCGAGGUUUUAGAGGAAGCGAGAAAGAGAAAAAGAACACUAGAGUAAUGAAAUAAUCGAGAAAAUGGAAGAAGAAGAUAUCGAAAUCACGAGCAGAGAAGAACAAGAAGAAGCAUUAGUCGCUUUAAUCGAACAUCGAACCCGCGAAGUUAACAAUCUCCGCCACCGUCUCGCCUAUACCAAAAAUCAGCUUGAUGAUGCGGAAAAGAGAUUAAAAGAUUCAGAAUCCAAAUUGGCUCGUCUUCGAGGUCAAACAACUAAAAAAAUAACUAACUCAGAUGAUGAUAAUGGAACUGUAGCUGUCAAGAAAGAGCGUAGAUCAAACAGUCCUAUUGAUAGGAAUGAACGUUCUUAUAAAAGUAAUAAGCAAUCUAAGACUGAACUUGUUAUUCCUGCUGUUACACCAAAGAUUUCACGGUCUUCAGGAAAAGGUUCUGUUUCUGAAGUAGCUGUUUCGUCCGUUCAUACUUCUUCGGUUAGUGGAGGGAAAUCAGUUAAGUCCAAAAUAGAUCAGCAAAAUGUUGAAGGGAAGGAUAAAGGGACAAAAAGAAAAUUUGAACAAAAAGAACACCAGGAAUUGAUUCCUUUAAUACGCAAGAGUUCAUCAAAGAACUUAGUACACUGCCAAUCAAGCAACCACAUCUCAAGUCAGCACAAGAGGAAAUUGCGGAGUAUUGCUUUGUGUCCCGCUAAUGAUCAGCUUUUUGCAACCAGUGCUUUGGAUGGAUUGGUCAACUUCUGGAAAGUCCAAGCCAAAGGAUCAUCAGCCUCUCUGCUUAACUCUACUGAUUGUGCAUCCCAAAAACAGAGGAGAUGGCCAGAAGAUAUAGCUUGGCACCCGGAAGGAAACAGGCUCUUUUCAGUAUAUACUGCUGAUGGUGGAGACUCACAAAUAUCAGUUACAAAUUGGAAUAAAAUUAAAGGGGUAGAACGUGUGACAUUCUUAGAGGACAAGCCCCAUGUUAAGGGAAUUAUCAAUGGCAUUGUUUUUAUGCCCUGGGAAGAUACAUGUUUUGUAACUGGUGGAAGUGACCAUGCUGUUGUACUUUGGCGCGAGCAGGAUGAUGAGGACAAAUGGAAGCCAAGACCAUUGCACAGGAAUCUUCAUUCUUCUGCUGUCAUGGGUGUUGCUGGUAUGCAGCAGAAGCAGAUUGUGUUAUCUGCAGGUGCAGACAGGAGAAUAUUUGGGUUUGAUGUUGGUGCAGGCAGAGCAGAGUUCACUCAUCAGAUUGAUAGUAAAUGCAUGAGUGUCGUUCCCAAUCCGGUCGACUUCAACUUGUUUAUGGUUCAAACAGGGACUCAUGAGAAGCAGCUUCGAUUAUUUGAUAUUAGAUUGAGGCGGACAGAACUUCAUGCUUUUGGGUGGAAACAAGAAAGCAGUGAAUCUCAAUCAGCUCUGAUUAAUCAGGCUUGGUCUCCUGAUGGUCUUUAUAUAACAUCUGGUUCAGCGGAUCCUGUGAUUCACAUAUUUGAUAUAAGAUAUAAUCUUAACAGGCCGUCCCAAUCUAUAAAAGCUCACCAGAAAAGAGUCUUUGGAGCCUUGUGGCUUCAGUCUAUUCCUCUUCUCAUAUCUAUAUCAUCUGAUCUCAACAUUGGGUUGCACACCCUGAUGAAGUAAAGUGUUCUGUCUCCAUCCUUUUGUUGGUGCUGAAUAUUAAAUUCUUACGUUGCAUCAAUUUUUUGUAGGAAGAAAUAUUGAUUUUAUUGGAACGUUGAAAUUUUGUGGGUUGUGUAAGAUGUGACUGAGUAAAGGGAAGAAUUUAUUUGGAACGGUAAAUUAGGAAAAUUUUGAUUGGGAAAGGCAUGCUCAGAUGUUGGCAAAAGUGCAUUUUACUACUACUAUCUCCAUCUAAUUUGUCGUUGUAUGUGGCCUGAGGUGAUACAUCACGUCUUAAGGAAAUCAUUAAUUGCAAUUUGGAAUAAUUUCACCAAA